AAAAUUCAAUAUACUCUGUUGCUUUUCUGCUUGUAAAGCAUGGGUGAAUCCAGGUGAGAGAUUCUCUUAAACAAUGACUAUAAAUCAUGUCAGUUAGUUGCAAAUACAUACAAUCACUACUAUGAGUAGUCAGUAGAAAUACAAAACACUCCAAGACCCUACUUUUAAUUUGUUAUCUUCUCCCACAGUCAACAAUACAGAAUCCAUUUUCUCACUAUCACUCACUAAAAAACAUAACUUCAAAGUUUCUCUAUAAUGCAGCUAACUCACUGACCCCAAAACCCCAAAAAACACACAAAAUGCAGUUCGUUAUUGUAGAAAAGAUGCUCCAGAGAAGCUACAUUGUGGUUUUGUUGCUUUCAAGUUCAUUUUUUCCCUUUGCUUUUGGGAUUUUCUUGAAUGUCACUCUUCCUGGUCAGCAUCCUGAUCCUGAAGCCGUUGCUCUUGAAGUUACAAGGAAAGUAAAUGUAUCACUCUCAAAUCUCCAGACAAGAAGAAAAUUGUUGUCUUACUACACCAAUAUUGACCAAUCCUCUUGCCAAACCGGCAACCCAAUCGAUGAUUGUUGGCGAUGUGACCAUACUUGGCAAUUAAAUCGCCAAAGACUAGCUGAUUGUGCCAUUGGUUUUGGACAAUAUGCACUAGGUGGCAAAGGUGGUCGUUACUAUGUUGUCACCUCUUCCUCGGACCCCGACCCAGUCAACCCACCACCUGGCACUCUCCGAUAUGGUGUCAUCCAAGAAGAACCGUUAUGGAUUGUCUUCGCGGCAAACAUGGAGAUUAAACUCUCGGAGGAGCUCAUUUUCAACUCGUACAAAACCCUAGACGGUCGCGGGGUCAACGUGCACAUCACGGGUGGGGGGUGCAUAACGUUACAAUAUAUCUCGCAUGUCAUUAUCCACAACAUCCACGUCCAUCAUUGUUACCAAUCGGGCGAGACGAAUGUCCGUUCGAGCCCUACACAUUUCGGUUAUCGAGGAAAAUCGGACGGGGACGGGAUAUCGAUAUUCAGUUCGAAGGAUAUUUGGAUCGACCAUUGUUCAUUAUCGCAUUGUAAAGAUGGAUUGAUUGAUGUAGUAAUGGGGUCAACGGGGAUAACAAUAUCGAAUAAUCAUUUUUCACAUCAUAAUGAGGUAAUGUUAUUGGGACAUAGUGAUGACUAUUUACCAGAUUCAGGGAUGCAAGUGACAAUUUCAUUUAAUCAUUUUGGGAAGAAAUUAAUUCAAAGAAUGCCAAGGUGUAGGAGAGGGUAUAUACAUGUGGUGAAUAAUGAUUUUACAAGGUGGGAGAUGUAUGCAAUUGGUGGAAGUGGUAGCCCUACUAUCAAUAGCCAAGGAAAUCGAUAUAUUGCACCCGCUGACCCUUUUGCUAAAGAGGUGACAAAAAGAGUGGACACAGAAGAAGGACAUUGGAGGAAUUGGAAUUGGAGAAGUGAAGGGGAUGUAAUGGCAAAUGGAGCAUACUUUGUGGCCUCUGGGGAAGAAGUUGAGGUCAAUUAUGAAAAAGCUUAUAGUGUGGAGCCCAAAUCAGCAAAUUUCAUUGACCAACUUACACUGAAUGCUGGGGUCCUCAUUCACAGAAGCAGGGGAGGCAACAGUGGAAAAUGGACUUCUACCACCAACAAUGACACUGAAUCCGCCGGGGACGACAGCGGAGAAGAUCUCGUGGCAAUUUCCGGCGACGCCGACGACUACGGUGGUGAUGAGUCUGGAAGCUCUUCAAUCUACUCUAAUUUAUCCUUGUUAGUUAAUUCUCUAGUGGCAUUGUUAGCCUUCUUGUAGUCAGAAAAGUUUAAGACAUGAAAAAGGAAAAAGGAAAACAAAUUGACCUUUUUUCUUUUUUGAAGAACUAUUUAGAAAUUGUUGUUCAUGUGUUUUUAAUUUAAAGUACUUUUUUUUCUGUGGUGGCAAAAUUGUCGCCCUGAAUCCUUUAA